AUUCUGUCUACAUUUGCUAUAGAGAACUCAAUUACGAACAUGUUUAGUGUCGCGAUAAUUUGUUUCGCCGUGCUUGCGUUUACGGCGAUGAAUAUUCUGGAGGCCGCUCCAACGGACUCCGCUCCGCUAGGGAUAAUUAAUCCCGUGAACAUUCCCCAUCUGAUGAGGAUGCAGCAGGCGGCACCAUCUCCGUUUCCUAUGAUGAUUCCACCGAAUGUUGCCAUCGGAGAUAAUGACGACCUGCCGGUUACUGUUGGU